AAGCAAAACAAAACAAAACAAAAAAGAUUGAAAUAACACGAUAAUAGACUUGGAUGAACCAGCAACAAGCUAGAGAAAGACAUACUCUACAAGUCAAAUCAUCGGCGAUAACGCCGGGAUACUUCCAAAACUUAAAAACCAUUGAGUCACUUGCUCGUGGGUCCGAUCGACGCCUUAUUAAUGUUCAUGAAUUUAUCUUGUUUUUGUUCCUUUGCUAAUAGAAAGCAUAUUUAUUGUCUUACACUUCCCCACAUGUGCUGGAUAGAUUUCGGCUGAGACCCAGCGGACGGUAGGUCUGGAGAAACCAAGAUGCAUACCGCACCCAAUCAGCAGUCAGAUCAGACCCCAGAAAGCAUUGAAGCGCUGGAAUACAAUAAGAAACAUGGAGAUCGAGAGGGACAGCAGCAUAAAAAGCAAAUAAGCAACACACCAGAUUCUGGUCAAGAUGUUGAAUAUCUCUAUCUCAACUUUGACACCACCUUGCCACACCCCGUGGGCACCUCUUCCCCGCAGCCGGGACAAUCGUCUCCACCACCAUGCCCCAAUCUCACAAAGUACGCUUCACCCUUCUUGUGGGCAGAAUCCCGCAAGACCGUCGUCACAAUUAUUUCGUGCUGUGUGACAGCCAUGUCGGCUUACGCUGCAGGAUCGUAUACCCCUCCAGCUGAUGAGUUGACGGCCAAGUGGAAUGUGAGCAGGGUUGUAUAUAAUCUGGGGAUUUCUCUGUAUACUUUAGGUUUCGCUAUCGCUCCCAUGGUGCUGGCACCUUUCUCGGAAAUUAAUGGGAGGCGACCUAUCUUUGUGUCUAGCGGUCUAGUUUUUACCGUGUGCUUGAUCGGAUGCGGUGCCACGGAGUCUUUUGCUGGCAUGCUUGUGGCAAGGUUCUUUCUUGGUGUUGGCGGAUCUACCUUUUCGACUAUGGUGGGCGGCGUCAUUAGUGAUAUAUACCAUGCUGAACACCGCAAUGUCCCCAUGUCGUGCUUCUCUGGCGCAGUUCUCUUUGGGACGGGCUUGGGGCCGCUCAUCCCUGGUUUCAUUGAUUACCGCGCCAAUUGGCGUUGGAUCCACUACUCCCAAGCUAUCGCUUCUGCAGUGUUAAUGCUUGUCCUCUUUGUCUUUCUCAACGAAACCCGGGGGAGCGUGCUUUUAAGCCGAAAAGCUAAAGUCCUCAAUAAGUAUUACGAGACACUGGAAGGCGCAGGUUAUGUUGGCGUUAUAUUCUGCUCAGACGACGACUUAAAGGAAAAACAACAGGCCAGACGCAUACGGUGGAAGGUAAAAAGCGAUGAAGAGCGCGAGAGUAUAACCAAGAUGAUCACCAUAUCCUGCUUUAGGCCGUUCCACCUUCUGAUCACCGAACCUGUGGUUUUCUUCUUUUCACUCUGGGUCUCUUUCAGUUGGGCAGUCCUGUAUCUCCAGUUCAUUGCGAUCCCAAUCGUCUUUUCGACCAACUACCAUUUCAAUGUGGAGCAGACUGGGGCAGUUUUUGCGGCGGUAUCUAUCGGUGCGCUGCUGGCGACCCCUUUGAGCAUCUACCAGGAGAAGUUCGCUAUGCGGGUUGGCAAGAUGUCGAGCACUCCAGAAGGGCGUUUGUAUUUCACAUGCGUUGAGUCGAUUUUGCUGCCAAUCGGUCUCUUCUGGUUUGGAUGGACAUCAUUUUCCUCGGUCCCGUGGAUUGUGCCGACGAUUGCUGUGGGAUGCUCGACGAUAGGCAUUUUCUCCAUCUACUUGGCCACCUUCAACUACCUUGCUGAUACUUAUCAUCGAUACGCUAGUUCAGCGAUUGCUGCGCAGUCAUUCUGUCGAAAUGUUAUGGGGGCCGUAUUCCCGCUGGUUACCAAUGCAAUGUUCAAUAACCUGGGCUAUCCAGCAGCCUCCAGUCUUCUCGGGGGGAUUGGUGUUCUGCUGACAAUUGUGCCCUGGGUCCUAGUAUUCUAUGGACCUCAAAUCCGUGCCAGAAGUAAAUUUGCAAGUGAAAUCAUGAAUCAACAUUAGGUUUCUGGAAAGUCUGGCUACGUUACCUGACCCGGCACUCAAUUGAAAAGGCUCCAAAAUAUCGGCCUGGCUUGAAAUUCUUGUCCGACAGACAUUAAUCACUUUCCAACCCAUAAUAAACAAACGUUAUGACGUUAGCACUAUUGCAUAUAAGACCACCCUGAUCAUGACAUAGUACUAGUAGUAGUAUAGAGCAGGGUGGGUCCUCACUCAAUCUAAGUUUAGUUACCGAGCUUUCCAAAGUGCCGGUCAGGGGUCCCUCGGGAUUCAACUAAUACUGUGUAGUAUGUACGUACUACGUACUUAAAUUGUCCAGAGGGAACGUCUCCUUCAUCUCGGGUUCCUUUCCACCAGUGCUAGUGCAACAUCUCGGCUUAUCACUUGCGAAGUUAUCGGGCAUAUGACGGGAGGUGAUGUGCGGAAUUGCGC